AUGGACCUCGCGCGAAAGGUGCCAAGCGUGGUUUGCGAGGAACUGACGCCGGCCAGUUUGAUUGUCGGCGACGGGGUCAAGCGCUCCGCAACGGCAUAUGCCGAACCGGAGGUGCCAGCACUGUUCCGGGCUUACCGGAAGUGCAUCGUGGAAUCGCCCGAGCACAAGCUGUUGUUCCACCUCGGCCACAUGGCACAAUCGGCGAACCACCGCCAGUCCGCGAUCCUGAACCGCACCACGUUCUCGAUGGUGAACCUGGCACCCAUGGAGGGGGUUACCCUAAACAUGGGUCGUUGGGCUCGCCUCGAGAAGCACGUGCGGAGGCUGCUAAAGCGAGGAUGCUGCAUAACCUGCUACACCGGCACGCUAUUCUGCCCAAUGCCUGGCGAGACGGAGGUGCGAUACACCAGGCUGCCGGGUGGAGUAUGCGUGCCGAAUGCGUUUUUCAAAGCUCUCGAGGUACGGUAUCCGGAGGGAAAGGUGGAGCGGCAGUUUUUCACAAUGUACAACAGGCCGCAAAUUAACGAAGGCGGCCUGGACUCCUACCGGAUACCACCUCGGGAGCUUUACGAGCAGUGCGGUAUGCAGUUCUUCUCGCUUUAG